AUGGCUCUGCUCAACAUCUCGCCCUUUUGGGCAGUCGCUCUCGCGAUUGUUCACUCAAGUAUGGAUAUGGGAGUUGAAGCGCACGGCGACGUGUCGCAUAUUGCGGAGGGAGAGAGUACUUCAAAGGAACCGAUUGACACAAUACUAUGGAUUCACAUCCUCCUGAUGAUGCUCUCCUUCGGCAUCGUCUUCCCUACCGGCAUGGUGUUAGGGAUAACCCGCAACAAAUGGCAUGUCCCCGUCCAAGUUCUCGGCACUGCUAUCGCCGUCCCGGCAUACUUCCUCGGCCACCUCCACGGAGGCAGAGCUUUUUCGGAAAACAUCCACGCUUCUUUCGCCAACUGUCUCAUGCUGAUGCUCAUCGUGCAAAUCGUCUUCGGCAUCUACCUAAAGUUUCAUAUCACAAAAGGGUUCCAUGGCAAGAUCAGAAAGGUCGCCGUCUAUGGCCACGGGAUUGUUGGCAAGGCGAUGCCGGUAGCGGCGUGGGUGCAAAUGCUGUUUGGCGGUAUCACGGCCCUGGGAUAUUGCAGAGACGAUCACAUGGGCCAGUGUCUGGCGCAUUUUAUCAUGGGAAGUGCGUUUAUUGGAUAUGGUGUUGUCUUGACAAUUAUCAUGCUCGUCGGACAAGCGUGGCUGAAACGGACUGGACGCUCUCAGGAGUUCUUCGACAGCGCCUUGAUUGCGGCGUGGGGAUGCGUGAAUACGUUUACGGAGCAUAGAUGGGGAAGUCCUUGGGCGGGAAACGAUAUUCAGCAUACGACUAUGGGUGUUAUCUGGUGGUGCGCCGGCCUCACUGGUAUCUGGAUGAGUAGGAAGAGAGAUGGAAGCCCGAAAAGGAAUUUUGUCCCCGGAUUCGUCAUCUUCAUUACCGGCUGGGCGAUGAGCGCGCAUUCGCAGCACUUGCCUUUGAGUUCUAUGGUCCACACAGUCUUUGGUUACACGUUGAUGGCUGCCGGUCUCGCCAGAAUCAUCGAGAUCUGUUUCGUGCUACGCGACAGAGCCAACAUUGGUGGCCAUGAUGGCGACGUAAACAGUUGGCAAUACAUGGCGCCUUUUCUCCUAUAUGCAUCCGGCUUCAUCUUCAUGGGCGCCACGGAAGAGCAAAUGCAACUCAUCUCCGACGCAGGCAUCACUCACGUCUCCUACAUCCUAGUCCUCUACUCCUUUGCUUUCCUGGUGUUCCUCUUCACCAACAUGCUCCUGCAUCUUUAUGCCAUCAAUUCUUCUCCUCCCGUGCCCCCAAAGGACGACGAGCGUGCGCCAAGGUUACCACGAGUGAACGGUGGCCAUGCGCCAAGUGAUAGCAGACAGAUUCGCGAUGCUGAGGAAUUCGAGCUGGAGGGCUUAAUAAGUGAUGGCGAGGAUCCGGAGAGUCCGAGUACGGUGGGGAGGAACAAUGAGACCAGGGUAUAG